AUGCCCGCUACACGCGCCGAGGUGGCCCAGGUGCCCAACAAGGACAAGUUUGAGAAAUCCAUCUCUUCCAAGCCCUUCAUCUUCGUCGUUGGCGAAGAGCGCAAAGAGUUUCACAUACACAAGGAACUCAUCGGCCAGCUUUCGCCUGUUCUCAAUGCCCUGGUCAAUGGCAACAUGAAGGAAGCCCGUGAGGGGCGCGUCGAGUGGCUUGACCUCGACGUCGACACUUUUGUCCGAUUUGCCAAGUUCGCCUACUCGGGCAACUACACCCCGGCGGAGCCCGAGCUCAUCGUCCCCGCCGUCCCGGACGAUGCUGUCGCUCUCAUGUCAGCACUGGAGGAGCAGGUUGGCAAGGCCUUGGCUGGUGAGAAUGUUGAAGAGGAGGAGGAGGCGGACUCAUCGGACCAGGAUGAUGACUCUUCAGCUUCCAGCGAAGGCAGCGACACAGGCGAACCUAUCGAAGUCUCGUCUGACGAUCAAGAGACGUCCGAAUACUCUUCCUCCUCAGAGGCUUCAUCUACACUGGACAACGGAGGGAACGGACACCUGAGCCGGCGCCCGAUUGAUGUGUCGAUUGACGAGCACGGCAUCAUGCAUUCCUACACCGCUCUGCCUUAUUCUCUUGAAAACUACAUGAUCGAGUGGGAAAAGUGCCUACACUACAGGUACAUCAGCCACCCCGACGUUCCCCCCCACAAGCGCCGACGUUUUGAUACCGACGUCGGCCGGAUCCCGCCCAGACCCGUCAACAAAAAGUACGAGGCCAUGCGCAUCUUUAUCCAGCCCAUGUACCACCCAACUCCUCGCGCGGCCUUGCGGACCGGCGUCAACGUGAACCCCCACGAGUCAUACCGGCCCGUCUUUCUAAGUCACGCGCGCCUGUACAUCUUGGCCGACAAGUACGGCGUAAACCGCCUCCGCCGACUAGCCCUGGCCCGUCUUCACCGGACCCUCACUCACUACGUCGUCCACAGGGACAGAAUCUCCGACCUCGUCGCCCUGGCGCAGGAGAUAUUUGACAAUACCAUGGAAAUGGACGACGCACGUGCCCUCAUUGUCAACUACUUUGUCUGCUUCAUCGAGGACAUCCAAGACAGCCCAGAGCUUGAAGAGGCCCUGCGUCGAGGAGGCGAUUUCCCUGCUAUGUUGGUCAGCAAGAUGGCAACGCGUCGCAUAUGA